UGCAAACCCCACUAGCCAGUGUCAGCCUCUCGGCGGGAGGAGGAGGCGGCGGAGGAGGAGCAGGGGGAGGGCUGUCAAAUUCGGGAGCCAGAUUUUUUUUCCCUUCCCCUGGCAAUCCCUUCCGCUUCCCCGGCUCCUGGCGUGACAUCUGCGGACCGGGGACCUGUAUGUGUGUGCGCGCGAAGGAGCGGAAGAAUGGCAGUGCUCAAACUCACCGACCAGCCACCACUGGUCCAAGCAAUCUUCAGCGGUGAUCCAGAGGAGAUACGGAUGCUCAUCCACAAAACAGAAGAUGUGAAUGCUCUGGAUUCUGAGAAGCGAACCCCACUUCAUGUGGCUGCAUUUCUGGGAGAUGCAGAGAUCAUCGAACUCUUGAUUCUGUCAGGAGCUCGUGUAAAUGCCAAGGACAACAUGUGGCUGACCCCACUGCACCGGGCUGUUGCCUCCAGAAGUGAAGAAGCAGUGCAAGUAUUGAUUAAGCACUCGGCCGAUGUCAACGCGAGGGACAAGAACUGGCAGACCCCCCUCCACGUGGCGGCUGCCAAUAAGGCCGUAAAGUGUGCAGAAGUGAUCAUCCCCCUGCUGAGCAGUGUCAACGUCUCUGACCGAGGGGGGCGCACAGCCUUGCACCACGCUGCUCUGAAUGGCCACGUGGAGAUGGUCAAUUUACUCUUGGCCAAAGGAGCAAACAUCAACGCAUUUGACAAGAAGGACCGGCGUGCUCUGCACUGGGCGGCCUAUAUGGGCCACCUGGACGUUGUGGCGCUGCUCAUCAACCACGGCGCAGAAGUGACGUGUAAGGAUAAGAAGGGUUAUACCCCUCUGCAUGCUGCAGCCUCCAAUGGACAGAUCAGUGUUGUCAAACACCUCCUGAAUCUGGGGGUGGAGAUCGACGAAAUCAACAUCUAUGGAAACACGGCCCUUCACCUGGCCUGCUACAACGGGCAGGAUGCUGUAGUUAAUGAGCUGACUGACUACGGUGCUAACGUGAACCAGCCCAACAACAGCGGGUUCACCCCUUUGCAUUUUGCUGCUGCCUCCACACAUGGUGCUUUGUGUCUUGAACUAUUAGUAAACAACGGGGCAGAUGUUAACAUCCAGAGUAAAGAUGGCAAAAGUCCACUGCACAUGACAGCUGUCCAUGGAAGGUUCACACGGUCACAAACCCUCAUUCAGAAUGGCGGUGAAAUUGACUGUGUGGAUAAGGAUGGCAACACUCCUCUCCAUGUGGCUGCAAGAUAUGGUCAUGAGCUUUUGAUUAACACCUUAAUAACCAGCGGAGCUGACACAGCCAAGUGUGGAAUCCAUAGCAUGUUCCCCCUACAUUUAGCUGCCCUAAAUGCUCACUCUGACUGCUGCAGAAAACUCUUAUCGUCGGGCUUUGAAAUAGACACCCCAGAUAAAUUUGGAAGAACGUGCCUUCAUGCUGCUGCUGCAGGAGGUAAUGUGGAAUGUAUAAAACUCUUGCAGAGCAGCGGAGCAGAUUUCCACAAAAAGGACAAGUGUGGGAGGACGCCUUUGCACUAUGCAGCUGCAAAUUGUCAUUUCCACUGUAUUGAGACAUUAGUGACCACAGGGGCCAACGUUAAUGAAACAGAUGACUGGGGACGCACAGCUUUGCACUAUGCUGCUGCAUCAGACAUGGAUAGAAAUAAGACUAUCUUAGGAAAUGCCCAUGAAAAUUCAGAAGAACUUGAAAGAGCCAGAGAGCUGAAGGAAAAGGAAGCUGCAUUAUGUCUAGAGUUUCUGCUUCAAAAUGAUGCAAAUCCAUGCAUCCGGGACAAGGAAGGCUACAACAGCGUACAUUAUGCUGCUGCCUAUGGCCACAGACAAUGUCUGGAAUUGCUUUUAGAAAGAACCAACAAUGGUUUUGAAGACUCAGACUCCGGUGCUACCAAGAGUCCCCUCCACUUAGCUGCCUACAAUGGGCACCAUCAGGCCUUGGAAGUCCUUCUGCAGUCGCUGGUGGACCUGGACAUCAGGGAUGAGAAAGGCCGCACUGCUCUGGACCUGGCUGCCUUUAAGGGACACACAGAAUGUGUGGAAGCACUUAUCAAUCAGGGCGCAUCCAUCUUUGUGAAAGACAAUGUCACCAAAAGAACCCCACUUCAUGCCUCCGUAAUUAAUGGUCACACACUGUGUUUGCGGCUAUUACUAGAAAUUGCAGACAACCCAGAAGCAAUUGAUGUGAAAGAUGCCAAAGGACAAACCCCGCUGAUGCUUGCAGUAGCGUACGGACACAUUGAUGCUGUUUCACUGUUACUUGAAAAGGAAGCCAAUGUAGAUGCUGUUGACCUCAUGGGCUGCACAGCUUUACACAGAGGGAUUAUGACAGGCCAUGAGGAAUGUGUGCAAAUGCUGCUGGAGCAAGAAGUGUCGAUUCUCUGUAAAGAUUCCAGAGGGAGGACCCCCCUGCACUAUGCGGCUGCUCGCGGCCACGCCACAUGGCUGAGCGAGCUGCUCCAGAUGGCACUUUCCGAGGAGGAUUGUUCUUUCAAAGAUAACCAAGGCUACACACCACUGCACUGGGCUUGUUACAAUGGUAAUGAAAACUGUAUAGAGGUACUUUUGGAGCAAAAAUGUUUUCGCAAAUUUAUCGGUAAUCCCUUUACUCCACUGCACUGUGCAAUAAUAAAUGAUCAUGAGAAUUGUGCAUCAUUGCUACUUGGGGCCAUAGAUUCCAGUAUUGUCAAUUGCAGAGAUGACAAAGGCAGGACACCCCUUCACGCGGCAGCAUUUGCUGAUCACGUGGAGUGCUUGCAGCUUCUUCUGAGACACAGUGCUGAAGUGAACGCAGCAGACAAUUCAGGGAAAACAGCGCUGAUGAUGGCUGCUGAGAACGGGCAGGAGGGUGCCGUGGAUGUUUUGGUGAACAGUGCCCAGGCUGAUCUGACUGUAAAGGAUAAAGACUUGAACACACCCUUACAUUUGGCUAGUAGCAAAGGUCAUGAAAAAUGUGCCUUGUUAAUACUUGACAAGAUACAAGACGAGAGCCUUAUUAAUGCAAAAAAUAAUGCCCUGCAGACACCCCUCCAUGUUGCUGCACGAAAUGGCUUGAAGGUGGUCGUUGAGGAGUUGUUGGCCAAAGGGGCCUGUGUACUCGCCGUGGAUGAAAAUGCUUCUAGGUCAAAUGGACCCCGUUCUGCACCUGGAAUAGCUGUACAAAAAGAAGAAUGAGACUCUUUAAACAUUAUGCACAUACAUACGCACACACGUGUGUGUGUGUGUGUAUAUAUAUAUAUAUGUCUGUAGUUCAUCAACCAGCUAUACACGAGGACCAAAAUGCUUCAGUCUAGAAUGGAAGAAUUUAAAUUGCUUUCCUUCAAAAUGGAAGUGAGAACUGAAGUAGCUUUUCUAUGGAGUUAAAAUGUAAUCUUUUUGUGCAACAGUCUUUGUUGUGUUUUAUAUUUCUUAUGACACAGAUUUCUAGUUGAUGGCAUAACAUUUGUAACAUGACGUGUUGACCAAGACUUAUUUUGUUGCCAAACUAGAGAAAAUGUUCAUAUACUUUUGAUGUAAAUGUGUUUGUAUUUAUUUGAAAUGAAACAAAGGCCGAGGAAACAUCCAUUGUUUGUUCUCUGUUUUAAGUGCUGUGUGUCUUACUUGGAAUAACACAAAAGCAGAAAAGCACGCAGGCCCCUCACCGGGCUAGCUGGCCGUCCUGGGGCCAAGCCCAGCAUUUCCACUGCUAAGGUUUCCAGCUGACCCUCAGGUUCUUCCACGUCGCUUGGAGAGGGGUACAACAUCCCUUACUCAGCCCCGGUCUGUAGCCAGCCUGGAGAGCUUAGGGGACACUGCUGUCCUUAUGCUGUUCUGCAAGAUGAGAACUGAGGUAUGUGGUGGGUCAUAUGCACAAAGGUGGCCCAAAGAAAUUUACAGAAAUUACAGAAAUUACUCUGAACGCACUGAAAACCUCAUGGUCCCAGUAACCGAGUGGGAAAUCAUGUCAGUGUGUGAGCACAUGUACCAGGAAAGGAAAUAGAAAUCACCAGCUCAAGUGCUGUUUUCCACUUGAGGAAGAAACAGGAGAGAAACAUGUUGUCAGGACUCCGGCAUUUUAUAAUCAGCUACAUUUUCGACCCUGGAAAUUUCUAUUUUACAGUGUAUGUGAGAUAUUUUUAAAACAGUAUUCUAUCAUAUCUGGAUCAAAUACACAUGCUGUAUUAUAUUUUUCAUCUAACUGUAAAAGACUUUAAUCUUACUCUUUUAAUAGCCUGAUUUAAUUAAAAACUCACGUUGGGUUCUUCACAAAUGAGAACUUGUUCAAAGGAAUUACAGAAUUGGUAAUAAUUUCACCGGAAAUUUUCGACACUUUUUUAAAUUCUUGGUGUUGUGUUCCCCUUCCUUCCUCUGUCCUUUUUGUUUAUUUGGAGAAGAUGAAUUUUUUAAAAGUAGAUAAAUUGCUAAUGAGCAAUAACGACCUUAUCUUUACCAAAACACUGAAAAGCAAGGGAGAUCCAAUGCUAAAAAAGCACGAUAUACUGUGGUGUCUUUUUCUAGAAGUGAAUGGAAAUCUUGCUCCAUUGGCGUGUAAAGCAGGAAAUGAAAUGCCCGCUUGUAAUGGUGAAGCAGCGUUCACAUUUUUCCUGUAGAGUAGCACAGAGAACAAGGAAGGUGACAGCAAAGCAGUGCCGGCCAUGGGACAUUUCUCUCCACGUAGCUGCAUUUUGACUUUCCCCCACUGUCUACCUGAUGGAAAGAAGGAGGACAAAGGAACAAAAUGAAAUCACACUCGCUGUGAAUUGUUCAUGGAAUCAAAUCUCUCUCCCACCCUCUCGCUGUUUCUCCAUUCCCCAAGACCAAAUUUUUUUCUUUAGGAAAUGACUUCAAAAACUAUGAGUUCUGUGUGUUUUAAGUACAUCUCUUAGAAAUAGAACUAGAUUUGCAAUGUAGCUUUCUAAGCAAAAAAACAAACAACAAACAAAAAAUAUUGUGCUUUUAACUGAGUCUUGAUUGUUUAGUGCUUUUACCUAACUGUGUUAUUUUUAGACUGUAUUUUAACCAUAGCCACAGGGAUCAUGUUUCAUCACACUUACCUAUUCGCCGUGUCUGCCUAUCCUUGGUAAAUACAUUACUAUCUCCAAAUUGCCUAAAAUCUGCUCUGAUUCUACAGUAAAAAGCUCAGGGGAUUUCUAUUUAUCACUACUACAAGGGCACCAUAGUAUGUUUUGGUACUUUAGGCAGUAAACAGCUGCUUGAUUUUUUUUUUUAUUUUAUUAUGAAAUUAGAGAAAGAACAUCAAAUGGAUUUGCUGCACUAUUCUUUGUACUGUUGAGCAACCUGGUUUGCUUAUCUGUUGCGUUGGUUGAAGAACUCAUCCCUUUUUUUGUCUUGUAAUAUGAAGUUAGAGUGCCUUUUUAUAUUUGUAUAUUCUGAAGAUGUUCUGUGAAAUGUUUUGUAUUUUUUUCAUUUGAGUGUUAUCAGAGCAAUAUAAUACCAGUGAGUUUUCAUUUCAGCCUUUCUUUGAAUGUAUAAAGUGUCUUUUUUUCCUAUUUCCCCUUUACCUGCUUUGAAAUGAAAAUGAAAAUGCUGAAGUUUUCUAUAGGAAUUAUGUUUAAUUUUGCAGUGCUAAAAUGCUUUCUUCUUACAAAACUGUAAACCAUAGCUCAGUGUUAUAGGGGAAAAGCGUUUUAAGAUAGUGACAAUCUGAGUGUGUGUAAAAAUGUAAUUCUAUGCGUUUCUUAUGCAGUGAUCUAAAAAUUCAAUGCAAAUACCUUUUGUUUGGUAGUUUUGUCUACAUAUUUUAUGCUUUAGCAUGUGCAAUAUAUCUUUGCAAAGCACGAUGAUACAAAUCUGGUGCCAGUGUUAUAUUUUGCAUAACAUAUUUGUAACAGCUAAAAUACUGUUUGAUGCUUUCAGUGGGAUUUUGUCUGUAAUGUUUUCUUAUGUAAAUUGGAGUUGAAUGACUCUGGUAAAUGUCAUGACUGUAAAAAUGAGAAAAAUGACUUUCAGUUCAGUGAAUGACUUUGAACCAAUCUGAAUCUUUUCAAGCACAGUUUAAUACUUUUUCAACUACUGAAUGCUAAUAAUGUAAUGAAGUACUUAACUGUAAUAUACUAUGGAAAUGCAUUCAGAUGGUUAUUUUUACAAAUAAAAACGGUACAAAUAUUGUUGCAA